GGUUCCUAUUGCCCAGAGGGCGGGAGGGCCUGUGUCCGGGAGAGGAGGAGGCGGUCUGGAUCCCAGCAGUAGGGCGCUGUGCCAUUUGGAGCAAAGGAAUAAUCUGCCUCGAACCCCUGCAGGACCCCGACUUAGGAGAACCUGCUGUUGGACUCUCCGAAGUGCUGUUCUGUCCGCUGAGCCAUCCGUCUUUGCCGUGUCGCCUGCGUCAGUGGAUCUUGCGCCUGGAGGCCAAUCCAACCCUAGGAGCAGGAGGAAAAGGAAAAUUGUCGAGAACCAAGCAGGUUUGCAUGACGCAGUGCACUUCGAGGCAAGAAAAGGAAGAAACUGCCUGGACCUCAGCAGGUCCCGCUGUAUCUGCAGCUGCAGCAGAGCCUGCCAGCAGUAGCUAAAACCUCCACCCUCCACGUGCGCGCGCUUCUCUGGGCCAGGGCAAGCGUGCCGUCUGCCGGGGUUAAGAGAUUCGCCCCAGCCUUACCAUGGGCCGCACUCGGGAAGCGGGCUGCGUGGCCGCCGGCGUGGUCAUCGGGGCUGGCGCCUGCUACUGCGUAUACAGACUGACCUGGGGCAGAGAUGAGAACGAGAAAAUCUGGGAUGACGACGAGGAGUUCAGUGACACGUCAGAGACUGGGGUUGAGACUGGGAAAGGAGCUAAAGCUAACGUUGGGGCAGGGGCUGGGACUGGGGCCAAACUUCAGGGUGACUUAAAGGCCAAGGCUGAGGUGAGCUUGGGACCAGAGAGUGGUCCCCGUGUAAAGGAAGAGGUCCACUCGGGAUCUCAGAAGGGAGGUGGCCUAGAGGCCAAGGCCAAGGCCCUUUUCAACACUUUGAAGGAGCAGGCAAGCGCUAAGGCUGGCAAAGGGGUCAGGGUGGGUAACAUCUCUGGAAACAGGACCCUUGCACCGAGUUUACCCUGCCCAGGAGGCAGGGGUGGAGGCUGCCACCCCACCAGAAGUGGGGCUAGGGCUGGGAGCAGGGGAAGUGGAAAAUCCAAGGGAAAGACCAGAAGUAAGAGCACCAAGGUUCCAGCUACGACAUGGCCUGUCCGCAGGGGCAAAUUCAACUUUCCCUAUAAAAUUGAUGAUAUUCUGAGUGCUCCCGACCUUCAAAAGGUCCUUAACAUCCUGGAGAGAACAAAUGAUCCUUUUAUUCAAGAAGUAGCCUUGGUCACUCUGGGUAACAAUGCAGCAUAUUCAUUUAACCAAAAUGCCAUACGUGAAUUGGGUGGUGUCCCAAUUAUUGCAAAACUGAUAAAAACGAAAGAUCCCAUUAUUAGGGAAAAGACUUACAAUGCCCUUAAUAAUUUGAGUGUGAAUGCUGAAAAUCAGGGCAAGAUUAAGACGUAUAUCAGUCAAGUGUGUGAUGACACCGUAGUCUGUCGCCUGGACUCGGCUGUACAGAUGGCUGGGCUAAGACUGUUAACCAACAUGACUGUGACUAAUCAUUACCAGCAUUUGCUUUCCUAUUCUUUUCCAGACUUUUUUGCUUUGUUAUUCCUUGGAAAUCACUUCACCAAGAUACAGAUUAUGAAACUAAUUAUAAACUUUACUGAAACCAGCCAUGACAAGAGAGCUAGUCAGUUGUAAAGUACCAUCAGAAUUGAUUUCCCUCUUUAACAAAGAGUGGGAUAGAGAAAUUCUUCUUAAUAUCCUUACCCUAUUUGAGAAUAUAAAUGACAACAUAAAAAGUGAAGGGCUUGCAUCAUCCAGGAAAGAAUUUAGCAGAAAUUCCCUUUUUUUCUUAUUCAAAGAAUCUGGAGUGUGUGUUAAGAAAAUCAAAGCAUUAGCAAAUCACAACGAUCUGGUUGUAAAAGUAAAAGUUCUUAAAGUAUUAACCAAGCUCUAAUUUGGGGUCUGUCCAAAAUGGUAUUGAGAUAAUUUUUAGUUUGCACUUGGGAACAAUGUGUUUAAUAAAUUCUUUGUUUUUCACUGUGCUUAUAUAGCAAAGAGAUCCUUUGAGUUACUAUUUGGAAUAAUGAAAAUUGCAGAUCAUCAUCAAUGAUGGAUGUUGGUUGUGAUGUUCAGGUUUAGGCUGAACCAUUUCAAGGAUGUCAAAUGAAUAUUAGAGCUUGUGCGAAGAAAGCGUUUAUUGAUUUGAUCUUGCUACAUAGAUUGAGAUUAAUUUUACUCUUUCAUCUAUCUAAAUUGACAGCGAACUAAUUAUACAUCAUGAAUAAGCUACACUUUUGUAUUGGUUUAUAUUUGUUAAUCUAAGGCUUGUGUCUUCUCAAUAAAGUUGUGUUUUAAACAGCAGGGAAAAAAGUA